UUUUCAUAGCAAGUUACCUGAAACACCGGCAGUCGCGUGCCGGCCGCCAAUCAGGGCAGACGUUUAUCAUUUUUACUUUAAUUAAUUGUGGCCACAUUGUGUGCAGCGAAAAGUAAUGGCAAUACUGCAUCUGACAACGGUGAUCGCCGUGAUAGCCCUAUCAUCGAGUAGCAUCGUAAAAUCGCCAAGUAACGAUGGCACAUUCGAACUCUUGAUACUUCACAACAAUGACAUGCAUGCUCGCUUUGAGCAAACUUCACAGUUGAGUGGAGCCUGUACUACUGCUGAUAGAGAUGCUGGAAAGUGCUAUGGAGGGUUUCCUAGGGUUGCCCAUGUGGUGAAAGAGGCUCGUAAGGCUGCUGAAUCUGGUGAAGGUCCACCUGUCCUGUACCUCAAUGCUGGAGACACUUACACAGGCACCGCCUGGUUUACCAUUUAUAAGUGGAAGAUAGCUGCUGAGUUCCUUAAUGCUUUGCAGCCUGACGCUGUUUCGCUCGGAAACAACGAAUUCGAUACGGACAAGAUAAGCCUCUCUCCUCUCAUGCAAAGCUUAAACACCGUUGUUAUUGCUACAAAUGUAAUCGUUAACACCCCUGAAGCCAACGAAAAGAUAAAAAAAUCUGUUGUACUGAAUAUAAACAAUGUUCUCGUUGGUAUUGUUGGCUAUCUAACCCCUUCCUCGUCUAUUUUAGACAGCGCCGGCAACAUUGAAUAUAUCGACGAAGUUCUUGCCCUUACAGAAGAAGUGAAUAAUCUAAAAAAACUAAACGUUGACAUAAUUAUUGCCUUGGGACAAUCUUCACAAAAAGAUUUAGAUGUAGCAAGAGAAGUACAAGGAGUUGAUAUAGUCAUAGCAGGCAAUCAAAAUAUUUUUUACACCAAUGGUACGACACUAAAGAGCGGAAAGGACGACCCACAAAACAUUGUGAUAAUAACCCAGAAAUCUGGAAAACGCGUACCAGUUAUAAAAGCAUAUGAUUAUUCAAAAUACUUAGGAAAGAUUGCCACUAAAUUUGAUCGUAAUGGAGAAUUGAUUAAUUAUGACGCCAACUACAUUGUACUCGAUAAUUCAAUUCCACAGGAUCUUGAAGCUGAACGUAUGGUAGAAACACUAAGAACUAAUUUAAAGUCUAGUUCAGAAAUUGUAGGUAAGACAGCAGUUGUUUUAGAUGCAUCCUCUUGUAAGAAAGAAGAAUGUAAUUUUGGCAAUUUAGUGACAGAUUCCGUUAUACUGCAUUACUCAGUUAAUUAUCAAGCUGAUUGGAGAUGGACCGAUGCUGCAAUAGCUAUAAUUCAUGGAGGUGCUUUAAACGGUAAGAUCGCACCCGCUCAGAGGCCAGGUGAUAUCACGAGAAAUGAUUUGCUGUCAGCUCUCCCUGCGACAAAUAACUUAGUAGUAGUUAAUGUAACUGGAAAAAUUAUAAAGGAGGCUCUCGAACAUUCAGUCUCAAGUUAUACAACUUCGGGAUCAGACAGAUUCCUUCAAUUAUCCGGUAUAAGAGUUACAUACAAUUUUGAUAACGAACCUGGGUCUAGGGUUGUGAAUGUACUAGUACGCUGUUGUAGAUGUACGGUUCCCGACUUUUAUGCAAUUCAGGACACAAGGGAACACAAAAUUAUAAUGCCAUCCUCUCUAGCUAACGGCGAAUUUGGUUAUUCAAUGUUCAAAAACUUACCAAAGAUAAAUCUCAAUUAUGAUGAAGUUCACUGUGUGUCGGAAUUUCUUAAACUAAGAAAUCCUGUAUAUCCAGAAAUUGCAGAUCGUUCGCUGGGAAAUCAUGAAUUCGAUAAUGGAAUAAACGGCUUAGCACCAUUUAUUGCAAACUUAUCCUGUCCUAAUCUUGCUACUAAUCUGAUUCUGGAUGACGAACCGAUUUUAAAGGCGGAAGUUAAUUUAAAGAACUCGGUUGUGUUUGAUAUCAACGGAGUUAAAGUUGCGGUGAUUGGUUAUUUAACGCCUGACACAAAAUUCUUAGCUAUAAGAAAUAAUGUAACUUAUAUAGAUGAGGUAAUUGCUAUAAAAGCAGAAGUCAAAAGACUUCAGAAGGAAGGAGUAAACAUUUUCAUUGCUUUAGGACAUUCGGGUUUUGUUAAAGAUUUAGAAAUAGCUAAAGAAAUUGAGGAUAUCGAUUUGGUCAUCGGUGGACAUACAAAUACUUUCCUCUGGAACGGUCCUACUCCUGAUAUCGAAAAGGCACAAGGUCCUUAUCCAAUGAUAGUCAAACAAGAAUCAGGAAGAAAAGUUCCUGUAGUACAAGCUUAUGCUUACACCAAAUAUAUAGGAUACAUGCAUCUUACAUUUGAUAUGCAAGGAGAAAUCAAAUCAAUUGGAGAAACUAAUCCAAUUCUGUUAAAUAGUAGUAUUCCGGAAGAUCUUGAACUUCUAGCGAUUGUUAACAAGUAUCGCGAUUCAAUAUUAAAACUUACAGAUGUGAUAGUUGGUAGCACCUCAGUUUUUCUAGAUGGCCAAUCAUGCCGUUUAAGGGAGUGUAAUUUAGGUAAUAUGAUUACAGAUGCAAUAGUGCAGAAAUAUGCCUCUGAGUAUACAGGACCCGGUUGGACAGAUACGCCUAUUGCUAUUACUCAAGGAGGCGGUAUUCGAGCUUCUAUUAGUCAUGUAAAUAAAAUAAGUGAUAUAACGUGGGGUGACUUGCUCACAGUUAUGCCCUUUGAUGAUAAAGUUGUCAAAGUGACAUUACAUGGUUCAGACGUGCGUAUAAUGUUAGAACACUCUGUUGCCGCAUACAAUACCAUACGUGCCCCUGGACAAUUUUUGCAAAUUUCCGGAAUGCAAAUAGAAUAUGAUUUUAGUAGAAGCCCCGGUAAUAGAGUAUCAGAAGCUCUAAUAUUAUGUGGAGAAUGUGAAAUACCACUUUAUUUACCUCUCAAUGAUACGAGACCUUAUAAUAUUCUUAUAAAUGGAUUUUUAUCUAUGGGUGGCGACGGUUAUUCGAUAUUUAUUGGCAAACCAAUUUCCCUCGGAAACCACGAGUUUGAUCAGGGAGUCAGUGGACUAACUCCGUUCAUCGAAAAUUUGAAAUCCCCAGUAUUAGCCGCUAAUUUAAUACUAACCAAAGUUCCAGAACUAGAAAAAGAAGUCAAUUUAAGAAACUCCAUUGUUUUUAACAUAUCUGGGACUCCUAUCGGAGUUAUAGGAUACCUCACACCCGAAACAAAACAUUUAGUUUUACCAAAUGAUGUAGAAUAUAUUGAAGAAGUUACAGCUCUUCAGAGAGAGGUGAAAAACUUAAAAGAAGAUGGUGUGAAAAUAAUAAUAGCGUUAGGACAUUCAGGAUAUUUAAAGGAUUUAGAAAUAGCAAAGAAAGUAGAUGGGCUUAGCUUAGUUAUAGGUGGUCAUACAAAUACAUUCCUUUGGAAUGGAACAAGUCCAGACACUGAGAAGAUUAUCGGGCCAUAUCCAACUUACGUUACUCAGACUUCUGGAAAACAAGUGCCGGUGGUGCAAGCAUAUGCCUACACAAAAUAUUUGGGAAAACUGCAUAUGGUUUUCAACUCUGAAGGAGAGCUUUUGAGAGCAGAUGGAAAUCCAAUACUAUUAGAUAAUUCUAUACCGCAAGACCCGGAGGUGUUGAAUAUUAUAAAUCAAUACAAAGAAAAAGUUUUAAAUUAUACAGAAGAAGUUAUUGGUAACACGUCAGUGGUUUUAGAUGGCUUAAGUUGCCAACACACAGAAUGUAAUCUCGGUAAUUUGAUCGCCGAUGCUAUGGUAUACAGGUACGCUAUGGAAUAUAAUGGAGAACACUGGACGGAUGCACCGAUCGCAGUCAUUCAAGGUGGAGGAAUACGAUCUUCUAUUUCUGUUACGAAAAUUCCAACCACGAUAACGAAGGGAGACCUAAUAGCAGUAUUGCCAUUUGAAGGAAUUUUGGUACUUGUAAGAAUGACUGGCACCAUAUUAAAAAAAAUGCUUGAACAUGCAAUUUCGCUGGGAAAUCACGAAUUUGACGAAGCUGUGGCUGGAUUGGUACCGUUCAUUAAAAACUUAACAUCGCCCGUUUUAGCUGCAAACCUACUUUUAGAUAAUGUACCAGAACUAAAAGAAGAAACUAAUUUAUAUAAAUCUAUUAUACUGAAUAAAAAAGGCGUCAAUAUUGGUAUCGUUGGAUAUCUUACGCCAGAAACAAAGUUUCUAGCACCAAAAACUAAAGUUGAUUAUGAAGAUGAAAUAACGUCAGUACGAAGGGAAGUUAAGAAAUUAAAACAAAACGGAAUUGAUAUUAUUAUCGCUUUGGGGCAUUCUGGCUUUAUCAAAGACUUGGAAAUCGCUACUGAAGUUGAAGAUAUUGAUCUUGUAAUAGGGGGACACUCGAAUACGUUUUUAUCAAAUGUUAAUACCACGGAAAUUCCUGAAUUUGUACAAGGUCCAUACCCAACAAUUGUCAUGCAAAAAUCAGGGAGAAAGGUGCUUGUUGUGCAAGCAUAUGCUUACACAAAAUAUAUGGGUAGUUUGUUUUUAAAAUUUAAUGAGAAAGGAGAUAUUAUGGACUUCGAUGGCAAACCCAUUCUAUUGAAUGAAGAAAUUCCACAAGAUCCUGUAGUUUUACAGAUAGUCGAAAAAUAUCAUACUGAUAUUGAUCGCAUUAAUAAUGAAAUUGUAGGAGCUUCCAUGACGUUUUUACAAGGAGACACUUGCAGAUUGUUUGAGUGCAACUUAGGAGAUUUUAUCUGUGAUACUAUGCUAAAUUAUACAAAAAGGCAUUAUAUGGAAUUUUCACAAGUAAAUAUUGCAUUAAUUCAAGGAGGUAGAAUCAGAACGUCUCUAGAUCAACCUAAAAAACCUUACAAUCUCACAAGAGGAGAUUGGAUAACCGUAAUACCGUUUUCAGAUACACUUUGUAUAGUUAAAAUGAAUGGAAGUGUAUUGAUGCAAGCGCUAGAACAUUCAGUAGACUUAUGGAGAAAAAUUGAUACACCAGGACAAUUUUUACAAAUGUCUGGAAUGGAAGUUACUUAUGAUUUAGAAAAAAUUCCAGGUCAUAGAGUUGUAUCCGCAAAGGCUAUGUGUAUUGGAUGUAGUAAAUUAAUAGAUGUACGUAAUGAUUUAAAAUACAAUAUUCUUAUGUCAGCAUUUUUGGCUGAUGGCGGAGACGGCUAUUCUAUGUUCGAGAAUUUGGAGAAAGAAUUUGUUUCCUUCAAUGAAGUUACUUGCGUUUUAGAUUACUUGGGUAUUUACAGCCCUAUAAAUCCUAGAGUAGAUAAACGCAUAACAAUAUUAAAUGAAGAUAAGGUUCAAGAUUUUGUAAAUGAUGUAUCCAUAAUUGAUAAAUUCUCUCCAUCGAGUGGGAAAGCAAUUUAUCUAGACUCUUUAUCAAUUUUUAUGUUAUUUGUUGGAGUUACUAUUUUUCUUUUUUAAAUAAGUGAACCUUAGGCAUCAUUAGAUAAAUUUAAAUUUUAUGAGGAAUGAAAUGCGUAAAAAUAAAGCAGGCUUUUUUAUGACAAGACACUC